AGGAGAGGAGAGGAGAGAGCUAGCAUGGCGGGCGGGGUCGGGUGCGCGCGUCUCUCGGCCCGCCACCCCUCGAAGGAGGCGGAAGCCUCCUCCAUGCAUGGCUAUGGCUAUGGCUUGCUCUUCUCCGAUCCUCCCGUAUCGCCAUCCCAUCCGAUCCAUCCAACCAAUGCAUUCAUUAUUCACAUGAUUCCUCUAUGGAUUAGAUCGAUCCAUCCAUCCAUCAGAUUAUUCACUGUUCCGGGCUUGCCGUGUUGAUCCGCCAUCGCACUCGCAACAGGAGCGAGCGAGGCAUGCCCAACAUGCUCGGCUCGUCGGCGUCCAGGCGGGAGUCCAGAAGCGGCGAGCUCCUCAAGACCACCACCAUGUCCCUCCGCGACGCCGCCACCAAGAUCGUCGAGGCGCCCAAGGCCGCCACCAUGUCCCUCCGGGACGCCGCCACCAAGAUCAUCGAGGCGCCCAAGGCCGCCACCCCCAAGCCGUCAAACAGCAUGGCCGCCGUCGUCAGGGAGGCCGCCGCCGCCGCCGUGCGCCACGAGGGCUGGAUGGUGCGCUACGGCCGCAGGAAGAUCGGCAGGUCCUUCUUCCACACGCGCUACUUCGUGCUCGACAGCAAGCUCCUCGCAUACUACAAGAAGAAACCAAAGGACAACAUGGUGCCGCUCAAGUCGCUGCUAAUAGACAGUAAUUGCAGGGUGGAGGAUAGAGGGCUCAAAACACAUCAUGGCCAGAUGAUUUAUGUCCUGUGCAUUUAUAACAAGAAAGAAAAGGAGCACCAGAUAACGAUGGGUGCAUAUGAUAUUGAGGAUGCAAUGGCAUGGAAAAAGAAGAUAGAACUCAUCAUUGAUCAGCAACAGGACUCAAUGACAGCUAAAAACCGUAAGGCCUUUGCUUCAAUAGACUUUGACAUGGAACUCGGAGAGCAGUUUUCGUUUUCAGAUCAUGACAGUGCAGCAGAGGAUGAUGAGGAACGGCCUAUUUUGACUCGCAGGACAACUAUAGGAAAUGGCCCCCCUGAUUCAAUACAUGACUGGACCAAAGAGCCUGACAUUGGUCUGUUCAAUCAGAACGACCCCAAUCAAGUUCACUCCAAGAAGAACUGGCGGCUACUUAGAUGCCAAAAUGGGCUGCGAAUCUUCGAAGAACUUCUGGAAGUUGAUUACCUUGCAAGAAGCUGCAGCCGAGCUAUGAGGGCUGUUGGUGUAGUUGAGGCCACGUGUGAAGCCAUUUUUGGUCUGGUGAUGAGCAUGGAUGUAACAAGAUACGAGUGGGACUGUAGCUUUCGUCAUGGUAGUUUAGUUGAAGAGAUUGAUGGUCACACCGCAAUACUAUAUCAUAGGUUGCAGCUGCACUGGUGUCCGAUGUUAGUUUGGCCUCGGGAUCUUUGUUAUGCUCGGUAUUGGCGUCGUAACGAUGAUGGAAGUUAUGUUGUGCUAUUCCGAUCGAUAGAACAUCCCAACUGUGGUUGGCAGCGAGGAUUCGUGAGGGCUUUCAUUGAAAGUGGAGGUUUCAAAAUUUCUCCCCUCAAGUGUCACAAUGGAAGACCCCGUACUCAGGUUCAACACCUUAUGCAGAUUGACCUGAAGGGGUGGUUCCUGAACUACUCUCUUUCCUUUCAGUAUCAUUCUUUGCUGCAGAUACUAAACUGUGUUGCAGGAUUGCGCGAAUAUUUUUCCCAAACAGAUGAAAUCCAUGUGACCCCAAGGAUUCCUGUAAUGGAAACCAUGUUUGAUGUGGAUUCAGAGCCAAAAGGUCAUAAGACUCAAGAAGUAGACUCCAAGUCUAAAGCAGUAUACCAAGGGCAUAAAAAUAUGGGCAUGAUUGAUGAAGAGUCGGAUGAGGAUGAUGAGUAUCAAGUUCCUGAAGCUGAUCUAGAGGAAGACCUGAACAAAUUUGACAAUGAUGCUAAGGGCACAGAUGAGCCACCAGAAAAAAUUGAUUUAUCUUGCUUUUCGGGGAUUCUUCACCGUGAUGUUGAGGAGAAAAGCCGCAACUGUUGGACAGUACCCGAUAGCAAGAUCUUUAAAGUUCGUAGCAAGAACUUCCCACACGACAAAUCAAAGAUACCUGCAGCGAGUUAUCUGAUGGAAGUAGCAGCCAUCGACUGGUUUAAGGACACAAAGCGUAUGGAUAAUGUUGCCAGGCAGAAAGGUUGUGUUGCUCAGGUUGCUGCUGAGAAAGGGAUGCAUACAUUUGUUGUCAACAUACAGAUUCCUGGAUCAACUCAGUACAGCCUGGUCAUGUAUUUUGUGACAAGCUCCCUGAAGAAGGGAUCGUUACUACAGCGUUUCUUUGACGGCGAUGAUGAGUUCCGCAAUAGCAGACUGAAGCUUAUACCCUCCGUUCCCAAGGGCUCUUGGAUAGUGCGGCAAAGUGUUGGAAGCACCCCUUGUUUGUUGGGAAAGGCUGUAGAUUGCAGCUAUUUUCGUGGUCGUGGAUACUUGGAGGUGGACGUUGACAUUGGAUCUUCUGCGGUAGCAAACGGAGUUCUGGGCCUCGUCUUCGGUGUGGUCACAACAUUAGUAGUUGACAUGGCCUUCCUAAUACAGGCCAACACAUACGAGGAGCUCCCGGAGCAGGUGAUCGGCGCAGCUCGGCUGGCUCACGUGGAACCGGCCACGGCAGUGGUUCCUGACCUGGAGAACGCAGCGAGUGAGAGUGGCAAUAAUGAGGACAGCAACAACAAUGCUUCCUCAGAGGAUGAUGUGUCCAAGAAAACGAAUUGAUUGGAUCUGGCCUUCCUACCCUUACUAGUACUGCUUAUUACUGAGUGUUAUAUUGGUCCUCUCUCUCUCUCUCUCUCUCUCUCUCUCUCUUUCGUUUCCUUUUAGUGCAUAUCUAUAGUGUGUCUUCAGUUGCAAUUCAAGUUCAGAUUUGGUUAACUAGCAAACGAUGGUGAUGGUGUGCUUGGCCAGAAAGUCGCUAUUUGUGUCAAGAAGGAAAAAAAAGAAAAAUGAUUGUCGAUCUACUACAAGGUGACGUGAUGAAAUCAGUGUUUUGGUUUUAAUAAUGGAGCUAGCUGCUUGUGAAGAUAAUAGGGUAGUUGAAUUGAAACAGCUCCAGAAAGAAUAACAGAGCCUGUACCUCUUAA